AUGAUUUAUGGAAUCAGUCGACAUACGUUAUCACGGCGUUACAACGGCAUUCAGUUGUCAAGAAAGGAAGCAAGCUCUACCCACUGCAAAAAUCUCUCAGAUUCGCAAGAAGAACAGCUUCUUUUUCAUAUUAAUCAAUUGUCAGAUCGCGGUUUCCCUUGUACACCCCAAAUCCUUCAUAAUCUCAUUGUUGAGAUUCUAAAAUCGCCUGUGGGAGUCAAGGUGCCACGGUUCUGCCAACACCACAAGGAUGUCAUCAAGUCAGUUUACCUGCAAAAUAUCGACCAAAAACGCAAGAUCGCAGACAAUUCUACAUACUUCAAGCAUUAUUUUGAUCUUCUACAGGAAAAAAUCACCAAAUACAACAUUGAACCCGCGAAUAUCUACAACUUCGAUGAAAAAGGAUUCCUAUUAGGCCUCAUCCACACCCUCAAACGUAUUGUAUCAAUUAGUUCGCUCAAGUCGGGCCAUACAAUAGAUGCCAGCCAGGAUGGCAGUCGCGAAUUCAUCACACUACUGAUCUCAAUUUGUGCAGAUGGAACUUCACUCCCACCUGCUCUCAUAUAUCAAGGGGGAAUCAAGAAAUAUGCAAGAUACUUGGCUGGAGGAUUUUGA